AUGUGCAACGAUAAACUACACGGAUUCCUUCAUGCUCUUCCGAAAUGUGAGCAUCAUGUUCACAUAGAGGGUACCAUCUCUCCGGAGCUGCUGUUCAGCCUUGCUUCCAAAAACGAGAUAUCUCUUCCAUCGGAUGACCCAGCCUUCGAUAGUCCUGCAACACUUCUAGCUCGCUACCAAAACUUCACAUCUCUCGACGAUUUCUUGCAUUACUACUUCAUCGGCUUCUCCGUCCUUCUGGGUGUCUCAGACUUUGAGGCACUGACGUAUGACUAUCUCUCUCUUGCAUAUUCACAAAAGGUCUAUCAUGCAGAGAUAUUCUUCGACCCGCAGGCCCAUAUCUCACGGGGAGUCACAUAUCAAACCGUCAUUGCCGGUAUGAAUGCCGCAAAGAAAAGGGCCGCCGUCGAUUUCCCCAAGCUCAGUGUGGAAUUUAUUCCCUGCUUGUUGCGUCAUCUGCCAGUGCCAUCCGGACACGGAUUGCUCACCGAGCUUCUUGAGUCUGGGCACUUUUUUGACGGAACACUUGUCGGUUUUGGAAUGUCCAGCACUGAAUUGGGGAUGCAUCCUUCGCUAUACAAAUCUGUCUACGAGGCAGCGCAAUCUGCGGGGAUUGUGAAUCUCACGGCUCAUUAUGGUGAAGAAGGUCCUGCGGACUAUGUCAAGGACGCUCUGUCAAUUCUCGGUGUGGGACGCAUAGAUCAUGGACGCCGCUCCAUAGAAGAUGCAGAGCUCAUUGCGCAUCUGGCAGAGUCAAAUACAAUGCUGACUCUUUGCCCAAUCUCCAACGUGGUGUUGAAAGGCGUGGAUAGGAUGCACGAUCUUCCUAUCCGAGAAUUUCUAGAUGCCAAUGUCAGAUUCAGCAUCAACAGUGAUGAUCCUGCCUAUUUUGGAGGCUACAUACUAGAAAAUUACUGUGCUGUCCAAGAAGCCUUCGGAUUGGCUGUGGAGGACUGGGGAAAGAUUGCUCGAGGAGCAAUUGCGGGAAGCUGGUGCUCUCCGCUAAGAAAAGAGCAGCUUCUGCAAGAGGUUGACGAUGUGAUGAGACAAUGGAAUUAA